CGCCUCUCUGCCCCUUAUUCGGUGUAUUUAUUAUUGUUUGGGGGUGUUUUCUUUUUCAAGUCCUGUUUUGUGCGGUCCGGGGAGUUUCGCCCCCCCACCCCUGCCCGGCUCCGCGGCGCGGAGGAUGGUGUGGAAAUGGCUGGGCGCGCUGGUGGUGUUCCCUCUGCAGAUGAUCUAUCUGGUGGUGAAGGCUGCCGUCGGACUGGUGCUGCCCGCCAAGCUGCGGGACCUGUCUCGGGAGAACGUCCUUAUCACCGGCGGCGGGAGAGGCAUCGGGCGCCAGCUCGCUCGCGAGUUCGCGGAACGCGGCGCCAGAAAGAUCGUUCUGUGGGGCCGGACUGAGAAAUGCCUGAAGGAGACGACGGAGGAGAUUCGGCAGAUGGGCACCGAGUGCCACUACUUCAUCUGCGAUGUGGGCAACCGGGAGGAGGUGUACCAGACGGCCAAAGCUGUCCGGGAGAAGGUGGGCGACAUCACCAUCCUGGUGAACAACGCCGCCGUGGUCCAUGGGAAGAGCCUGAUGGACAGUGACGAUGAUGCCCUUCUCAAGUCCCAGCACAUCAACACCCUGGGCCAGUUCUGGACCACCAAGGCCUUCUUGCCACGGAUGCUGGAGCUGCAGAACGGCCACAUCGUGUGUCUCAACUCCGUGCUGGCGCUGUCUGCCAUCCCCGGCGCCAUUGACUACUGCACGUCCAAAGCCUCAGCCUUCGCCUUCAUGGAGAGCCUGACGCUGGGGCUGCUGGACUGUCCAGGCGUCAGUGCCACCACCGUGCUGCCCUUCCACACCAGUACCGAGAUGUUCCAGGGCAUGAGGGUCAGGUUCCCCAACCUCUUCCCGCCCCUAAAGCCGGAGACCGUGGCCCGGAGGACGGUGGAAGCCGUGCAGCUCAAUCAGGCCCUCCUCCUCCUCCCGUGGACGAUGCACGCCCUCAUUAUCUUGAAAAGGCCUCUCGUGCUGCACAGAGAGCUUUGACCCCGGAGCCCGAGUGACCGUGGACUCUUGGCUCCCCUGGGCCCCCAACCCCCAGAUGACUGAACCCCUCUGACCUGAAAGGCCUUUUCAGGAGGUGAAGCACCCAAGUGCCUUUAUCGGAUGUCAACCCCCAGGAAACCAGGUUCCCCUCUGGCUGCUGUGGACACAGUGGGCAUCUGAGGAGCUACUCUAACUGCAGGCAAGAAACCUCAGGACCCGGGGACACAUCAGUCCCUUUCAGUGACACAGAGUAGGGGACUCCGGGCAUUCAGGCCACACCUCAGCCUCCCUCAGUCCAUCCUGACUGUUGCUUUGAGAUGCUACUUGGCCGCCUCUGUGAGCCUUGGAGAGCAGGGACUUGGAUCCUCACCAAAGCCAAGCUGAUCUUCCACCGCAGGGAGCUUCUUAGAAGCUUUUGGGGACAUUCUAGAAAAAAAGCUAGUUUGUCUAGAACACCUCAGCACUCUCCACAGUAAGCACCCAGCCUACAUUUUGUGUUCUAUCCCCCACUACUUUCCCACAAGAAGCAGAGGCCAGUCCCUCCCCAUUCCCUGCACGGCACCUCCUUUCACCUUCCCCAAGAGAAAUCUUCACAGGCUCAACUCUAGUGCCACCACCCCCAGGAAGCCUUCCAGAUUGCUCCAGCUGGAAGUGAGGCUUUCCCACGUUGCAACUAGAAUGGACCAGGGCCCUUCAAUUUCAUUCAACAGAGGAACUGAGGGCGUCUCUCUACUGGGCCCUGUGCUAAGUGCCGGGAUCGGAGAUGAAAUAUCUACCGCAGAGGCACCCAUGGACUUGACAAGUAAACAGCAAGCACAACUCCGGGGGUUGUUGGGGAAGCAUAGAGCUAUGGGGAGCCCCAGGAAAGGCCUAGGGGUGAGUCUGGGAAGUUUCCUACAAGAAGCAAGAAAUUGUGUCAUGCUAAAGAACAAGGCCUGAAGGUAUAUGCAGGUGUUUUACUAUCUGGAGGGACAUAAAGGAUGAGACGUAACACCUGAGGUCCCACCUAUAGGAAAACAUCACUAUGCAGUGGAACAAACUUGGCCGAGAAUCUUGAGAUGGCAGAGGACAGAUUUUGGCAUCAACUGUAUCAUGUGCACAGUGUGGCUGUUUCAUAAAUAAUACAUGGAAAAAAAAGAGGAGGUGACACCCAGUACCUAACUCCUCAGCCCCACACAGUAAAUAUUUGUUGAAUAAGUGGCAUUUGGAGUUAAUUGAUCUCUGAGAUACGUUUGGGCCCUAAAAUGCUAAGAGUGUGGCUUUGAAAGUUUGUAACACCCACCCUUUACCUUGUAAAUAGCUAUUUACCUACUUACUUGAAAGCCCUUCCUCCAUGGAGGGGUGGGUUGUGGUGGCUUGUCGGGGGAGCCGGUGUAUGUUGGAGAGAGGGGUGGGGAGAGCUUAUGGGAACCAUCACUUUACUACACCCCUUGUAUGGCUACCAGUGACCCGGCCACUGGUCUCCCCACUAACCAUCUUCUCUUUUCCCUCCCCACU